GCCUUGACCACGGAGGCGGGACAAGAGAAGGCGUGUCCAAUGAGGAACCAGACCCCGGUCGCCGCCGGACUGAGCAUUUCCGAGUCCAAGAGGAAAGUGGAUCGCGGGCGGUGGGUCUGGCCAAUCAGCAGGGGCGACUGGCAUCGUUGGGACCGACAGCCAAUCAGAAGAGCGCUCGCUCCCGAAUCGCCCGGCCCACACUUCCCACCUUUCUCCCUAACUCCGGGGACGGAGGCCGCUGAGCUGGGGUCGCCCGGGGUUGUGCUGCUGUCGCGUCCUCUCCUCCGACCCCUGCUGCGGACGCGGGGCGCCUGGCGGGUCAUGGCGAGCUCGGGCUGCGAGGACCUGCGGGGUCAGGAAGAGGAGAGCUUUCUGUACUUCGCCUAUGGCAGCAACCUGCUGACCGAGCGGAUCCAACUCCGAAACCCCUCGGCCGCGUUCUGCUGCGUGGCCCGCCUGCAGGAUUUUAAGCUUGACUUUGGCAAUUUCCAAGGCAAAACAAGUGAAACUUGGCAUGGAGGUAUAGCCACCAUUUUUCAAAGUCCUGGCGAUGAAGUGUGGGGAGUAGUAUGGAAAAUGAACAAGAGCAAUUUAAGUUCUCUGGAUAAGCAAGAAGGGGUUAAUAGUGGAACAUAUGCCCCAAUGGAAAUUAAUGUUUACACUCAAGAAGGAAAAAAAAUAACCUGUCGAAGUUACCAGAUGAGAAAUUAUGAGAGCGCUCCCCCUUCACCCCAGUAUAAAAAGGUCAUUUGCAUGGGCGCCAAAGAGAAUGGUUUGCCCCUGGAGUAUCAAAAGAAGUUAAAUGCAAUAGAGCCAAAUGACUACAGAGGAAAGGUCUCGGAAGAAAUUGAAGACAUUAUCAAAAGCAAGGAAACAAACACUCAUUAGAACAUAAAUAGACUAUACCUAUGGAUAUUU